CCUUCAUGAUGAGAUCAGUGUCUUUAUAAGCGCUCCCCACAGCACUUACACUUCCUUUAAAAAACAAAACCUUCACUUCCCCUAUAGUUUGCACUCUUAUUCUGUCUAUAACUCUUUUGACAUCAUUUUCUCUUUUCCCUUGCCACUUUUUAGUUAUCUUGCCCAAUUUGACCCCAUUUUCUUCGCUACUACUAGCAAUGUCCACCUCCAAAACCUUGGAUAAACCCUGCAAGGGCUGUGAGCCUGUUACAGUAAUGGAGUGUAACAUAUCCCCAUCUAGAAGAGGCCGGAGAAAGCCAGCCGAGCCAGGGAGGUUUCUCGGGGUGAGGCGGCGUCCUUGGGGCCGAUAUGCUGUUGAAAUCAGGGACCCAACAACAAAAGAAAGGCACUGGCUUGGCACAUUUGACACUGCUCAGGAAGCAGCUCUGGCUUAUGACAGGGCUGCAUUGUCCAUGAAAGGCACCCAAGCAAGAACCAACUUUGUCUACUCUGACAACUCUACUUUCCACUCUCUGAUGGCUCCAUUUGAUAAGCAAUCCCUCUUACUAACAUCACAGUUAAACCUCACUACUACUCAGAAUGAACAGCCCUCAGAUUGGAAUAGCACUCCAAUCAAGCCCAGCAGUGAGGGGGCAGAAACUUCAUAUGGGAAAGCAGAUGAUAAUAGUUUCUUCUUUUCUAAUGAUUCUAACUCAGGCUACUUGGGAUGCAUAGUUCCCGACAACUGCUUGAGACCUCUUUCCAAUCCCAGCGAGCUCUCAGCCAUGAACAGCAGCCCGUCGAUGGAGUAAGAUGGAAGCAUAGGAGCUUCGUAUCCAAUUAUGGACAAUCCUAGUUAUGAUAUGGUGCCUCUGGCCGCCUCUUCAACCUCCUGCCUCCAUAAUUUCUUCUUACGGUGAUUUAGUUGACUUGGGCUAUUCCCUCUUUUGAGUGUACGUUCAUG